AUGAGACAAAAAGACAGCCAGGAUAGCUACUAUGAAAACAAGUUUUCUGUGGCAUUUAGAGACAGUGAAAGCAAUUUGCUGGCUUCUAAAAGAAUGCUGCAGAAGCUGUUACAGAUAGAAUGUGUUAUUAAUGCAAUCAGAUGGACAGCAGAUCUGAAUUUUAGUCCACAGAACUGCAGAAUAGUUGGGGCUGGUACGGAUUUCUGGAGAUGCUCCAGCCCAGGCCGUGCCCAGCUGGGGCUGCCAUGGCUCCACACAGGGACACUCCAGGCCCUCCCUGGGCAGCUGUUCCAGGCCUCUGCCCCUCCAUGGACACAAGUUCUUCCUCCUGCCGGGCUGCCGCUCGCUGCCCUUUAUUUUAUUCUCGGCAGCGCCCGGCAGAGCCCGGCCCCAUCCUCUGGCAGCCCUCGGAGAUGUUUGUGUGGAUCCACGGGAUCCCCUCCGGGCCUUCCCUUCUCCGGCCUGGCCGGGCCCGGCUCCCGCAGCCUCUGGAGCUGCUGCAGAGCCCAAAUGCUGUGUGCGGCCUCCCCUGGGCCCUGGGCGGCAGCUCCUGGGCUCUGCUGGCCUUUAUUUUAUUAUCGGCAGCGCUCCAGCGUUGGAUUUUUUAAUGGCAGUGUAGUCCCUCUGCUUCCAACAGGGGGGAUUCCAGAGUGUGCUUCCAAACUGAAGAUCAGACUUGGGCAGAGAACAGUGCAGUUCUCCUCUGGAAAUGUCUCCCCUUGGCACAACAGUAAUUGCUGCAAUCUGGGGAAUCCAUCAGUGCAGAGAAUUCAUCAGUGUGCAGUUAUGAACCUGCUGGACACCAUAUUAUUUAGUGAGAAAUGACUUUAAAAGAGAGCUCGGAGACCCUUUCUGGGGACUUUUCCUUG